CCUUCUAUAUGGAUAUUUAUAAUAUUUAUAUGUUUUGUAAAUUUUACGAAUUGUGAAACUAUCGUUAUUAAAGUUGGAGAACGAGGAUUGUCAUUUUCACCACAAAAUGUAUCAGCAAAACAAGAUGAUGUUAUACAAUGGGAAUAUAUAUAUGGUAAACAUCAGAUUGUGCAAUCAGAUGGACCAGCUGGAAAUUGCAUUAAAUCAAGAAAUUUAAAUGCAUUUGAUUCCGGAUUAAAAGAAGAAGGAGUUUUUAGUAUGACCAUAACACAAACAAGGGGAAUGAUAUAUUAUUUUUGUUCAUAUAGUUCACAUUGUGCAUACGGUAUGUGGGGCGUAAUUAAAAUUGAUCCGGAUAGUCCGGAACCCGAUCAAACAACAGUAUCAACACCUGUCACAGCGAAUGCACCUAACUCAAUUGAAGAAACUAAUGAUACGGAUGGAAUGAGUUUACCUAUAAUAAUUGGUAUAUCGAUUGGAGGUUUUUUUACUCUUUCAAUAUUAGGAUUGAUUGGAUUUGUGUUAUAUAGAAGAAAAAAAUAUCAAAAACAAUUUGACAUUUCAAUGCAACCUUAUGAUCCAAAAUUGAUUGCUGGUGAUCACGGUGGUCCAAACGGAGGAAGUAAUUUAGUUAACAUGAGAGGUAGCGUUGGUAUGGCAUCAGUAUCAAGUUUAGGUAAUAAUACUUUAUCUAGGUCAAACACGCAACAUGGCCAUUCAAAUAAUGAAGUUAUACCGUCAAAUAGAUAUAAUCAAAAUCAACCAUAUGGUGAAACAGCGAUGAACUAUAUGGAGAGAACUAGCAGUGAAUAUGAUGGUGGCAAUAGAUUAUUUGGAGGACCAGUAGGACCAGUAGUAGGAGAUAAUGAAUCUAACAAUGGCGAAGUACCUAUAUCACCUUUAUCGCCUCCACCAAUGUAUCAUCCACAAUAUGGUAAUGAAUAUCAACAAGGACCUCCCAUUCCUCCCCAUCCUAAUUUGAUUCCACCACAACAACAAUAUGGUGCUCCUUAUUUAGCACCACACCCAACAAAUAUUUAUCCACAAUAUGGACCUUCCUCAAUAUAUCAAGAAUCUCAAUAUAAUAAUACUUCUGAUCCUUUUGGUCCUUCUCAUCCUGGUCAGUAUGCUUAUCAACAACCGCCACCGCAUCAACAACAAUCUGGUCAAUAUACUAUUAAUCCUGCUCAAUAUUAUGGUUCAAAUAAGAAAAUAAAAAUGACUAAACCAAAGAAAACCAACAAUAUUUUCUGCAAAGAAUUUGGUAUUGAUAAACUCGGGAAUUAUCCCAAUUUUCUUACUAUGUAUACAGGGAUAUUGUACAAGUAUGGAUGGUUAAUCGGGUAUUGGGCAGGAAAUAAACCUAUAAACGCUUCUUUAUUAAAUAUUGAAUUUGAUCCAUAUAAAUCAAGUAUAAUAGCAUGGAGAAUAACGGCAACAUCAUUUGAUAAACAUAAUGAAAGUGUAUUAUGGAAACAACAAGAUGACGAUGACGAUACUAUUGAAAAUCAAAAUUGUUUUUUAUUUGAAGAUGAAAAAUAUUUUAAAUUUUGGACACUCAAUGAUCGUCAAAAAGAGAAGAAAAAAUUUGAUGACAUUUGGGUUGGUGAUUAUGAGAAGAUGAUAUUAGUGGUUAUCUUAUUGCUACAAAAAUUACUGGUUCCUCGUGGUGAAAUUAGUUGGAGAUGUAACUUAAAAGAUCAAGUUAGAAUUUGUGAUGAAAAAGAAUGGAAUGGUAAAGUCUCUUAUCGUGCUAAAACUAAAGUGGCUUUUGAAGGUUUUAGAAAUCCUGAUGAAAUCGAUUCUGAAGUUAUCGUUAUUACUUAUGAUAAAUUAGUGGUUUAUUGGUAUGAUUUAUCCGAAAUGGCUACUUUUGUUAGAGUUUCGUGA